UCUCAUGACAGCCCUCUCUUUGAUAGCAUCAUUUCUGACCUCUUCCCAAGGGUUGUCUUACCAACUUCUGACCGUGGCAUCCUGGAUGUAUCCAUCAGGGAAAUCAUGCAGAAAAUGAAUCUGCAGGCUUUUCUCUGGUACAUCAAGAAGAUAAUGCAAAGCUACAAAAUCAUGCUAGUUCAGCAUGGCUUUAUGUUGGUAGGAAGCCCUCUAGGCGGUAAAACCUCUGCUUUGAAGGUACUUGCUGGGGUUUUUGAACUGCUGGAAGCAAAAGGUCUAAUGGAUCAACAUAGAGUGGAGUAUGUUUUCAUCAGGCCAAAAGCUAUCACUAUGGCACAGCUGUAUGGCACAUUUGAUCCAGUUUCACAUGAAUGGAGUGAUGGUGUGUUAGUAAAUAUGUGUCAAAAGCAUGCCACCAGUUUGACAAAAGGCAGAAAAUGGUGCAUUUUUGAUGUGCCAGUGGCUGCCAUUUGGAUUCAGAUUAUGAACACAUGUCCUAAUGAUAAUAAGCAGCUGUGUUUAAUGAGUGGUGAGAUUAUUCAAAUGAGCCUGCAGGAAAACAUCAUUUUUUGA